AUGACCACCUGGUGUUUCGCCUUGCUGAAAGAUGAGCCCUGGCUACCUCGACUUUUGGGUGGGCGUGGUGCGACCAAGUUCUGCUGGACGGGGUACCCCUUUCAGGAGGUCUCAUCUGAUUUGAGACGCUUCUAUCUCACAGCCGUGGGCUACCACUGUAGCGAGGUAUUGAUGCUUCUUCUAGAGGAGAGGCAUCCGGAUUUCUGGGAGAUGAUGUUGCAUCACCUAGUGACGUGCUGUCUAGUUGUCUUUUCCUUUAGCUUCAACUACCUUCGCAUAGGAAGCUUAGUGCUGCUCUUGCAUGGGAUCACGGACAUUUUCAUCAAUUUGUCCAAGGCGUUGGUGGAUACGGCAAACGCCCGGGCCAUCGUCGCCUCCUAUUUUGCCCUGGUGGUUUCUUAUGUGUGGUUUAGAAUUUUGGUUUUCCCCAUCUCCAUCAUGUGGAGUGUUUGGGUGGAGAGCAUACCUGAGGCCCGGCCGGAGAAAAUCAUCUCCUGGGGCUUCAUGAACUUUGGUUUGUUCACCAUCUUCCUGUUGCACAUGUAUUGGUUUGGCAUGAUCAUCAAGAUCGGCACCUACUACAGGCGAACGGGCCAAGCACGCGACUUGCAAUCCAACCUCUCGUCCAUGGAUUUCGGCGACAAGAAGAGGAUGUGA